CAAAGCCAAAGCAAUAAUAAAAUUCUACUGGUUGUAGUUUGGACCCACGUUGCACGAGGUUUGGUGGUCAAGUAUAGCACGCUAAACAAAGCUUACUUUCUACCUCUCCUGUUGGCGUGGCUUUGCACAUUUUAAAUUGCAAAAUGGCGAUAAAAUUGGGAAUUUUGGCAUUAUUUACGUUACUAUUUGUCGUUUCGGUUUCCACUGGGUUCGAAUGGAUUGAUGAAGACGCGAUUUAUAUAGAAGACGGCGCCGUGACCAAACCAGUGACCACUUUACCACGGGCGGGGGACCCUAAUGCGACCACACUUCCGGUUGAACCACCACCACCACCAGUGACGGCAAUUCCGGUCGAAAUAAUUCCGGGGCUCUGUGUCAAAGCGAGUGAAUGUUACCCGAUCCUAUUUUACUCGGCGGACUUAUCGGAUUCGGAGCCAGAACGGGUCGUGGAUCCGAAUUUGUUGAAAUUUAUUCUGAGCACGGCGAACUAUUGUGAACCGUCGGACCUGCCCCCGCAAGAUUUGGGGAGGAGCGAUGCGCCAUCGGACAACGUGUACGUUUGGUGUCCAAUUCGUACCUUUCCGACGUCCAAGCCGAAUGCACUAUUGGUCAAGACGGACAACGCUUCGGAAGGAGAAUCGUCAUCCACGACGACGACGGUGACGACUCCAGAAUCGACGAGCAAUGCGGUGGUGGAGGAGGUGAAGUGUGGUCCCGUGAAGGCCGGUGUGCAUGAAGAUGACGACGCCAAGUAUCGCGUCGUUGGAGGACAGGAUGCAGAAUUGGGUCAAUUUCCAUGGAUGGUGGCUCUGACGAAUAAAGGGAGAACGUUUUGCAGUGGGUCGUUACUGGAUGAGAGACACGUGCUGUUAGCUGCACAUUGUGUGAGCCAUCUUCGUCGCAAAGAUUUGAAGAACAUUCGUGCCUUCAUCGGCGACCAUAAUAUUCGCGACCCCACGGACAUCGAUCAUCAAGAAAGGAACGUUUCUGCCAUCAUUUUCCACGCCAACUUUUCCAUGCGGACCGUCCACUCCGACAUUGGGAUGAUGUACUUAUCCGAGCCGGUAAAAUGGGCGGAUAACAUAGCCCCGAUUUGCUUAUCGGAGGGGGAAAUCCCGUUCGAUGAUGGUUCCUCGUACGGAAUUUUGACGGGGUGGGGCCAGCCGGCGGAGGGGAAGCCGUCCUCCGACACCUUAAUGAAGGCACACCUCCGGAUUUGGAGGAAUGACGAAUGCGCGGAAAAAUACAAGGGGAAAAUUCCUGGGGGUGGGAUUUCAAAUAAAAUGGUUUGCGCGGGUUCUAUCGCGCCAACUUUGAAGGAUGCGUGCAAGGGCGAUUCUGGUGCUCCACUUUCCCUCGUGCGGAACGGACGGAUGGAGCAAGUCGGCAUUGUUUCGUUUGGAAUUGGAUGUGGUCAAUAUCCAGGGGUAUUUUCAAAAAUUCCUGACUAUCUCGACUGGAUUGAGAAACAUCGGAUGCGAUCUUCGAAAUAUUUUGAGUCUAAUAAAAAAUCCUAAUAAACGCACAAAUUCUGACAAUUUGUCAUCAAUUAGACAAUUCACGAAGUUCUUCGUAAUUUUGCAAAAUCCGUCAAUUUUUUAAAAUACAUAAUUCUACAAAAUUAAAAACAACGUCCUUGAUAUCUGAGUAAACUUAUAAAUAAUUUUACAAAAUAUAUUUUGUAAAAUGAAUAAAUAAUUUUACAAAAUAAAAAAAGACGCCCUUGAUAUCUAAGUAAACUUAUAAAAGUUUUCGGGCUAAUUUUCCUUAAAAAUAUUUGCAAAAGUUUUUAAUUUUACGGAUUUUACCAAGUUACCAAAUACUGCAUGAAUUACCUCAAUGUUUAGUCAUACAUUUUAAAUGAGAUAAGCAGUGGAAAAUAUCAAUCAUCAUAAUUAAUGUAUCACACGUACACAUAUUUACAAACUGUAAAUGAUAAGCAUCAGAUAUGGAUGGAAGGGGAUGAGGAAACAUUGAUCUUCAUUCAUUUAAAAAUAAAAUUGAGAGGUUAAAAAGUUA